CGGAGCAUGGGGCGGCGGCUGCUCCGGGCUCUUCUCUGCCUCCUCCUCGUGGCCGGCCGCGGGCUGCUGCGAGUCAGAGGGGCCACCGCCGCGCACGGCUGCCUGUUUGACCGGAGGCUGUGCUCCCCGCAGGAGGUGUGUGUGCAGGAUGGGCUGUUCGGGCAGUGCCAGGUGGGCUCGGUGCAGGACAGGCCUCACUUUCAGGUCACCUCCCCCGUGCUGCAGCGCUUACAGGAUGUCCUGCGGCACCUCAUGGCACAAGGGCUCUCAUGGCAGGAUGGCAUCACGCAGUACGUAAUCUCACAGGAGAUGGAGCGCAUCCCCCGGCUCCACCCACCAUCCUCGCUGGAGUCCUCACCCAGGGACAGGUCCCUGUCUGCACGCAGCUCCCCCCGGCGCACCCCACUGCCUAUGGCCUCCAGCCUGCCUGCAGCCCAGCACCCAGGGCAGCCCCCACAUCUGCUGCCCUCAGGCCUGGCUCAGCGCUACCUGGAGCACCUGCUGCUGCCCCCACCACCCCAGCUGGACUACGAGGAGGCUCUGCUGCAUCCCUACUCCUACCACAAGUUUGGCUACCAGGAUACCACACACCAGCUCCCAGGCAGUGCGGCCAGGCAGGGCCCCGAUGCUGCCUCGCUGCUGGUCCGCGGCCUGUAUGGGGCUGGCCCCAUGCCUUCCUACAGCGGGCAGCCAGGGGCAGAAAGUGGGCACCUCUUCCAGGAUCUGGGCCUGCUUGCGUUGCCCAGGGAAAAAGCUGCUCGCAUGGACCCGGCCAGCACCAGACCCUUGCACAGUGCGCGCCUCCCAGGUGACUACAGGGAUGUGGGGCAGCAGGAUCAGGCAGCAGCCGUGGCUGCCCGGCCAUCCCCUGCACAGACAGAUGCCUCCUUGAAGAGACUGGCCUCCCUGCUGGCUAGCUACGGGCUGGGGCUGCCCGAGCUCAGUCCCCAGCAGCUCAGCAGUCUCUCUGCCCUUCUGCAGCUGCUGCAGAGCUCCAGUGCUGCCAGCCCUGAAGCACCCACAGCAAAGCGACUCAGUGCUCAGCAGGGAGCUGCUGGGCCACAGGUGUCAGAGGGGGACAUGCAGCAUGGAGAGGAGCCAGUGCCACCCUCCUCCGCAGUGCCACCUCCCAGGGUCACAGCCAGCAGUGCCCCAGCACAGGGGCUGGGGGACCGGGUAGCCACCUCGCCAGCCCCCCAAGCCCAGCCACAGAUGGGGCAUGGAGGGGACAAGAUGAUGGUGGUGGAGAAGAAGAGCUACACAGAGGUGAAGGACAGCGGUGGGGUGCAGCGGGGCACACGGCCACCCGAUGAGUAUGGCUACAUCAUCACGGACCAGAAGCCGCUGGGGCUGGCUGCUGGCGUGCGGCUGCUGGAGCUCCUGGCCAAGCGCGUACACCUCUCCACCACCAGCUUCAUCAACAUCAGUGUCGUGGGGCCUGCGCUCACCUUCCGCGUGCGGCACAACGCCCAGAACCUCUCACUGGCAGAUGUGGCCAGCCGGGCUGGUGAGUGCUCAGAGCAAAUGAAAGCAGAGCUGGAGGCUGAGCUGGGCCUGAAGAUUGUGCAGACGGGAGUGGGAGAGCGGAACGAGGCGGCUGUGUACCCACACCCCUCUCACUUUGGGGAUGGCUUCCACUCAGUGCUUCUCACCUUCAUCGCUCUGGCCUGCGUGGCUGGUGUCUCCAUCGCAGCUGCUGCAGCCUUCUGCCUCCGGCAGCACGCCAGGCAGCGGGAGAAGGAGCGCCUGGCUGCCCUGGGGCCCGAGGGGGCUGCCGAUACCACCUUGGAGUACCAGGAGCUGUGCCGUCAGCACAUGGCCACCAAGUCACUCUUUGGCCGUGCUGAGGCCCCUGCAGCAGCAGCAGAGACGUCGCGAGUGAGCAGUGUCUCGUCGCAGUUCAGCGAUGCCCCACAGCCCAGUCCCAGCUCACACAGCAGCACGCCGUCCUGGUGUGAGGAGCCUGUCCAGUCCAACAUGGACAUCUCCACUGGGCACAUGAUCUUGGCAUACAUGGAGGACCACCUCCGCAACAGGGACCGGCUGGCCAAGGAGUGGCAGGCGCUCUGUGCCUACCAGGCUGAGCCCAGCAUCUGCUCUGUCGCCCAAAGUGAAGCCAAUCUGAAGAAGAAUCGCAACCCAGACUACGUGCCCUAUGAUCACGUGAGGAUCAAGCUGAAAGCCGAGAGCAACCCGUCCCGCAGCGACUUCAUCAAUGCCAGCCCGAUCAUCGAGCACGACCCGCGGAUGCCGGCUUACAUCGCCACGCAGGGGCCGUUGUCCCACACCAUCGCUGACUUCUGGCAGAUGGUGUGGGAGCACGGCUGCACUGUCAUCGUCAUGCUGAGCCCGCUGGCUGAGGACAGCGUCAAGCAGUGCGACCGCUACUGGCCGGACGAAGGCUCCUCGCUGUACCACAUCUACGAGGUGAACCUGGUGUCGGAGCACAUCUGGUGCGAGGACUUCCUGGUGCGCAGCUUCUACCUAAAGAACGUGCAGUCUCAGGAGACCCGCACCCUGACGCAGUUCCACUUCCUCAGCUGGCCGGCCGAGGGCAUCCCCGCCACCACCCGGCCCCUCCUCGACUUCCGCAGGAAGGUGAACAAGUGCUACCGGGGCCGCUCCUGCCCUAUCAUUGUGCACUGCAGUGACGGCGCAGGCAGGACCGGGACCUACAUCCUCGUCGACAUGGUCCUGAACCGCAUGGCCAAAGGUGUGAAGGAGAUCGAUAUCGCUGCGACGCUGGAGCACAUCCGCGACCAGCGGCCCGGCAUGGUGCAGACUAAGGACCAGUUUGAGUUCGCUCUGACCGCCGUGGCUGAGGAGGUGAACGCCAUCCUGAAGGCUCUGCCGCAGUGAUGACGAGGAUCCCCUGCCCUUCCCUCUCGUUUCCCUGCCACCCCCUGCCCUCUGGCUUCGAGCGCGCUCCUGGCCCUGUAAAUGCUGUCUGUGCUGCUGGCUCUGUUUUUUUUCCCACCCCUCUCCUUGGGCUGCAGGGCUCAGCCCUCUACAUGCCCCGUGGCAUGCAGCCCCUUUGCUCCUGCUGCUGCAGUGAAGAGCGGGCUCCUGUCCCCUGCGGCGGAGGGGAAGGGCAGUGAUGCUGGGAGAGUGGCCGUGGGGAUCCCCUGGCUGCUCUCCCACCCCUGUCCCUAUGCCCAAGAGGGGAUAGGAGUGGGCGCGGGUCGUGGCCCUGCCCUGUCUUCUCUGUGUCACCCCCACCUUGUCACUCAAGCAGAAGAUAAAUUUCUAGAGAAAUAUAAUUUUGUAUCUUGAUGUGAAUAAAGUUCUUGUGUCAUGUUUGUGCAGCUGCA